UCCGGAAGAGGGCAGAUGGAACGAGCAGCACAAAUCAGGAAGUGACAAUGUUGAAACUUGAUGGCGGUCGCAAGCAAAGACCAAACACGAGCAAGCAGUCGCCUUGGCGCGUGUCACUAGCGUAGAGCUUUGGAUAGUCGACGAAAGAGGCAGCGGCGUGGUCGAGCUGUGUCAGUGUCCAAAAAUGCCGCCUCGACCGUCGCCCAUCUUGCGCCAAUUGGCCUCACUGGCCUCCCGCCCUCGUAUACAAUCUCAAACAAGGCCCUGGGUCUGUCGCCAGUGCCAACAAACUCGUCCUGUUCUACAACGAAGAUCCUAUGCCAACCAGCCCGCCGAUGACCCUUCCUUCACCUCGAUUGUCGAUGUCCAACCUCAGCUUGUACGUGUGGGCGGUAGAAAGCAUGGCUGGGGCCUUCUAGUCUUGGCCAUCAUCCCUAUCACUGCUUUCGCCCUCGGUUCAUGGCAGGUGGCGCGUUUGGGCUGGAAGACUGAACUCAUCGCUCGCUUCGAGGACCGCCUCGUGCGCGAUCCUCUACCUCUCCCGCCCAGCAUCGACCCUGCUGCCAUCAAGGACUUUGACUACAGAAGAGUCUACGCCACCGGUAAAUACCGCCAUGAUCAGGAGAUGCUCAUCGGUCCCAGAAUCCUUGAUGGCAACGAUGGGUACAUGGUCGUCACUCCUCUUGAGCGCGAGUUCGAUGACUAUCCUGGCAACACCAAGAUUCUCGUGUGUCGGGGCUGGAUCCCCAAGGACAAGGCGAAACAGCGCUCUAGGCCUGAAGGUCUGCCACAAGGUGAAGUCACUGUUCAGGGACUAUUGAGGGAGCCGUGGAAGAAGAACAUGUUCACGCCCGAGAACAAGCCCGAACAGGGUGCUUUCUACUUCCCCGAUGUCUACCAAAUGGCCGAAUUCUCGGGGAGUCAGCCUGUUUGGGUCGAGGAGACUAUGAAGGCCGACCUCGUCGAGUCUUAUGAUCGAGAAGCAAAGGGUAUUCCUAUCGGAAGGCCGGCUGAAGUAAAUCUUCGAAACAACCACACCCAGUACAUCUUCACAUGGUACUCGUUAGCUGCUGCGACAUCUGUCAUGCUCUGGAUGGUUGUAAAGAAACCCUCAUCGCGCGCAGCCCGCAGGGUCCGCCAGUCAGGCCAAUGGUAAAUAUGUAUAUAAUAGAACUGUCUGUAUCCGGAUGCCGCCAGUAAACCAUAAGUAAAUCACAACCAAACGCUACUCCGAUAAGAUCGAUGUCAUAUAGUCAAGCCGAACGAAUGGGUAAGAGUUGGUGCGUGGCAGAUUCUGUGAACAUGCACCGAAUCGAAGUAAUAUUGGCAACACGAUCCUUGAACAAACCCCCGUCAGGACAUCGCAUCGAAUCGGGCGCCUCGAAAGUCCCUCCAGAGACUUGGAUCGAUCUCAAAAUGACAUAACACAAGCUGCUGUCG